CAUGUUAAUAAAAAAAAAAUCUUGUUGCUUCCAUAUUUGCAUUUGUUGUUGCAAUAGUAAUAGCCGGCAAACGAAAUUAUAUUAACGGAGCAGAUAUAUAUAUUUUAUUUAAAAGAUAUUUUAGAUAACUAAAAUAAACUAAAAUAAUAUGACGAUUGCUUUACGUUGGGGAAUUGUAACAGCUGGUAAAAUAAGUCACGAUUUUUGCGUUGCUUUAAGCACCUUACCAUUUGAUGAGCAUCAAAUCGUAGCUGUAGCAGCUCGUGACAAGCAAAGAGCUGAAGAAUUUGCCAGGAAGCAUGAAAUACCAAAUGCUUUUGGCAGCUAUUCCGAGCUAGCUGAAUGCGGUGAUAUCGAUAUUGCGUAUGUGGCCGCAUUAAAUCCUCAACAUUUUGAGAUAUGCAUGUUGAUGUUAAAAAACGGAAAACAUGUUUUAUGCGAGAAACCAUUGUGUAUGAAUCACAAGCAGGCUAAGAAAUUAAUACAAUAUGCCGAAAUGAAGAAACUUUUCCUUAUGGAAGCUAUAUGGUCGAGGUUUUUCCCGGCAUAUCAAUAUUUGCGAAAGCAAAUACACACUGGAGUUUUAGGGGAAAUCAAAGAAGUGAGCGCUACUUUCUGUGUCGAUCUAAAGCAUGUGGAACGUUUACAGAAGAACAGUUUAGGUGGUGGUACUUGCUUGGAUUUAGGCAUCUAUACUAUCCAAUGCGCGCAAUGGGCAUUUCAGGAGCCGCCGCAAAAAAUCAUUGCCAAAGGUACUUUAAAUGCUGAUGGUGUGGAUGUGGAAGCGAUAGCAGAGUUACGCUAUUCGGGCAAUCGGAAGGCUACCUGUCAUUUCAGUGGCGAACGACUUUUAGACAAUAAAGCUGUUAUCAAAGGAACAAAAGGGGAAAUAACUUUUUUGCAAUUUUGGAGCCCUACUAAGAUCAUUGACAUCGAUGGUAAAGAGAAAGAAUGGGUUUUGCCAAAAGGAAAGUACCCUACAAAUUUUCCAAACUCCGAAGGAUUGCGUUAUGAAGCCGCGGAGGCUCGUCAAUGCAUUUUGGAGGGAAAAUUGCAAAGCGAACAUGUCAGUCAUAACGAUAGUUUACUGUUCGCUCAAAUCGAAGACGAAAUUAGAGCUCAACUUGGUGUGAUUUAUAAAGAGGACAAGGAGCAAUAAUUGCAAGAUAAUUGUAGUUAAAGAAGUAUUAUAGUAUUGUAACAUUGCGCAUCUGCAAUAAAGUCGAAACGUUACUCUUCUUUUCUAAUGAAUAAAAAAUGUAUGAUUUGAAAAGUCAUAUUCAAUUAUCA